ACCUGACUUGACUAAUAUAUACAUAUACAUAUACCUUUAGAUAUACAUAUACCUUUACAUAUAUAUAUAUUCUCAUUUCAAUUUUAUCUAUAUAAUCACUUCGCUAUGCUUUAUGAAAUUGCCAUAUUUCUAAUAAUACUGUUUGUCCUCGUCUACGUUGUCCCCCUAGUCAUUUCCAAACAUGACGUCAAAGACGUCCUUGAUGACAUUCAAGAAAAGAAACACACAAAACCAAGAUCUUCCUCCAUUAAGGAAUUUGCUGACGAUGUAUUGGACCUUCACGGAAUGCUGUAACUUUAUCACUGGUUGACUAAGCAAUAGACUAUUUAUAAGUUUAUAUGAAUACUACAAAAUAUAACAACUUACUUUAUC